AUGGUGCGAGGCAGGCGGGGGGGUACUAUUUGCAUAACGACAUCUUCGCCUUCAUUCUCAUCCCCAUCGGCAAAGACAUCCCGCUCCCUCUCCAGUUCCUCGAUGUUCCUCACCCGCGUAAGUAAGCCCAUCUCGAUGGUGUUCCCACCAACACCUCAAGCGUCUUCUCCCGCACCCGCGGUGUAUAGGCGGGCUCGGUGGGCGGAAAUACGUCAAGAAUGUUUGUUAUGGUUUGAGCAAAAGCAGGGGGGCGGGCAAUUGUUGGGACGGAAAGGAUGGAAGAAGUGGGGGAACGCGGAAAUGGCUGUAGGGUGUUUGCGUUGGAGUUUGAAGAAGGGAGGAGGAAGGGAAGUGGCAAUGCGGGGACUGGAGGCGGGGGUGUUCCUUGCUGAGGUGGUAUGUUGAGCCGGGAGAGAGCGAUACCGCGAGUGUGUGCCGUGACGGUCUGGUCCUCCUCGUCUCUGUCGAAUUCCAGAUUGUCAUCCUCAGAAUCGGAGGAGCGAGUCCCCGAUUUUCGCUAGUGCUUGUUGGAUGAAGACGGGAGUAGACGAAGAGGAGAAGAGCCCUUCUUAAAUUCGUCUACGUCGUUGUCAUCGUCCCAAUUUUCGUGUUUCUGCUGCGAGGGAAGGCCUUGGCGAGCAUGGUGUGCACUCUUCUCCGUCGUCGACCGAGAGUGGACUAUAUCGACACUCCCGGAACGACGAGAGGGUGUAUCUGGGAUGGUGUUCUUCUUGUCUCCGAGAAAUUUCAUAGGCGAAUCGUUGGCGAGGCCAUCGUUUCCCAGUCUGAGCUGGGCAACGACAUCCGCGUAUUAUUGGCUUUCGCUGUUGAUUUCUGGAACCCAAAGUCGUCGUCCCAGUUUUCUGA